AUGGGACUAUACGUGCUGCUUGGGCGAGGGUGGCCCUGGCGAGAAGUGUGGGGAUUGGCAGUUCAUCGGUAUCGUGGCAGCCAGCAUGUUGGCCUUAGGAAUAUCAUCGGAACGUUGGCUUUGACUGUGGCUUUGCAUCGCCAACCAUCCAUCGGACAUGCCUGGGAAGAGGAUCGGUCGGAUCGGUUGCUGGAGACCAUCCGAAAUGGUGCGCACCUACACCGAACAGUGGCCCAGAACAGAUGGUGUGUGACCCUGGCAGACCUGCAACAGUUCAAACGGCUGGUUUUUCAGGCCGUGCGGAAGGGAGUCAUUAAGCCAACCGAGCGUGACCAGUUUCUAGCCUCCGACACCAGGGUUGGGCCUUCAGUCUACACAGUGGUUGAUCAAUUCGUCAAACCAAUGACCAGAGCUGCAGGGAAUGUUAGUUGGGCACUGAUGAAGCACCCUGAAGGUUUACUGUGUGACGUGUUCAUCACUCACGCUUGGGCUGAAGGCAUCUACGAAUUUGUGGACAAAGUCACACAGUCGUGGCCGCGCGGAGCAACAGCCGCUUAUGUGUGCUUCUUAUCAUACCCUCAGAACCUUGACAUCUCUGAUUUGAUUCAAAGCCCAAGAGAAUCACCUUUUGCCAGGGCCCUAGGAAGCUCGCGUCUUGUGAUUGCAGUCCCAAAUCAUGUGUGCAGCAUCUACUCGUACAUUUGGUGUGUGUACGAAGCUUUCUUGGCCUUCAUCUGGGACAAGCGAAUUCGGGCUGCAAAAAGCCCCGUGGUGGGUUGGCUGAGCAUGCUGCGAGUCUCAUGCACCGCUUUUGCAACACUGGGCGCCUGCAUUUUGAUCUUGAUGUCCCAGGCGACCUACUACGGUUUCACCGCCGAUUUCGUGCAUUUGGUGCGUCAAAUACGAUUGGUGAGCAUCAUCCUGUCGGCUUUGUGUGGCGUUUGUAUCAUGGUGUUUUUCGCAUUGGGGAAGCAUGCGUGGAUAUCGUGUCAGAUUGCCAUUUUGGUCUUCGCCGUCGUCGUGGAAAUGUUUGUUGCGGCAGAUCUUUGCUUGAAUGGGGCUACCGAUCCGCCAGUGAUUUGCGUGUUGCUGCUGUCAAUUCUUGCCUGCGGUGCCGUGGAGGGAGACCGCCGGCAAAGUGAGGAAACUUGUCGACAAACCCAAGAAUUGCGGCGAGGUUUCGCGGGGACUGUGGGAGCCUCCGAGAAGAUUCAUGCCUUUAGCUCCAGUCCUUCUGAUUUGCAAAACAUCUUGGCCGAGAUAGAGGGGCACGCCAGUGUGAACGCAGUGGACAAAGUGGUUGACACGCUCCUAGCAUUGGGCCUUUCAGGAAAGGAGUUGCGCCGAGUGACCGAGCAUGUGGGGCCCCUGGGCAAUGUAUCGGUCUGGAGCAAGGCCCUCUUCGUUGCAAGUUCGGGUCUGAUUUGCUUCCAGUGUUUCCAAGUGUACAGGUACAGGAUCCUGAUUGAUACCUCCACGCUUCACUACAUAUUGCUUGGUGUUGCUUUGUUAGAAGCUAUCCUUUGGCCUGUGAUCUUCCUACUCUUGCCAGUGGAAAGGAAAACUUUUGCUGCGAGAUGUUUGCCUUUGUUGCUGCUGCUUUCCCCUGGAUUUGUUGGCCUGUGGGGGUGCUUUCCAUACGAUGCAACAGCUCACUUUGGCGUAAUCCCUGUCAUCCUAUUGAUUACGCUCCUUGGUCCAGCUCGCAUAGCGCAGAUCCCCGUGCUGGGGCCAGCAGCGGUUCGCCUAGUCUUUGCGCGACGACCCUGGAGAACCAAGGGCAGUGGUACCAGUUUCGAGGCCACGACCGUGCCAAUGCCAGGUGUGUAA